AUUCAAACUAACCUUCAACAAGUAGACCUUAAUAAAUAUGUAUUCGAAAUUCCCGACGCUGGAACCAUAAAUCACAUUGUAGUAUUUUUACUUGGUACAGUUCCUUUUGAGCCUGGCUACGCUGCUACUGUGCAUUUUUUAUGGCCAGGAGUCGAACAUGGCUGGAAAUUGUUGGGCAUGCUUUCCAACGAAAAGCCAAGCGCGAUUUUCCGUCUUCGUGGGUCUGUCAUUCCCGGAACGACAAAUGCCUUUACAUCAUCAAAUGCAUUCUCCUUUGGUUCAACGAAAUUGUUAAAUUAUAAUACAGACGAUAUGUCUAUGGACGUUAAUGAAUUAUCAUCUUCUAAUACUACUUCUGUAACAGCAACGUUAGGUAUUUCUAUCGAACCAAUUACCAUGGUAGAAUCCCAAAUUGCAACGCUUCCUCAGACGUCUAACCAACAACAAACGAGUAGUUUUGGUGGUAUAACCCCAGAACUUAUCACUCAAAUAACACAAAACACUCUUCGGAAUCUUUAUAAUUAUGUUACAUCAUUCGCCACAUCAUCGACUCCUUUUGGUUCGCAAAUAAUUGGAACUGGCAAUACGUUUAUAUCAGCAAAGGUGUUCCAGGAUUGGUAUGAUACUUUCACGCGCAAAGUCAAGGUUGAUCCAAACAUGGUGUUGAAAGAUGAUAGCAAUAGUAUGAGUUGA